AUGCCCCGGCGGCGUUGGCUUCUGCUGGCUCUUGCGCUUGGCACGGCAAGUCUCAGCUUUGUGUCGAGAUUUCCGACGAGGUCGACGACGCCAAGCAGGACACGACGGACGCGACUCGGGGCCCUCACAAAAGAGGAGCUGGAAACUGUAAAAGCAUGGGAGCAGAAGGAAGAAGUUGUCACCGAUGCCCGGGAAGGCGACAUGAUCGCGAGCCAUAAAUUUCCCAUCCCGGCGGAGGAGCUGAUCCAGCGGACGAAGCUGUAUCUGGCAAAGAACCAGUAUGGCAUAAAAGAGCCCGAUAUGCUGGCGGAGGAUUUUGAAUUUGUCGGGCAGGUUAUUGGGCCCUUGGACAAGGCAACCUUCAUCCGACAGCUCGGCCAAUUCGACUUGCUGGUGGCUUUCCCGGACGUCAAGGUUCGGUGGCAUCACUUUCGCGUGGACCCCUACGACGCCUCGCGAGUUUGGUUCACCGGCCGUUCCAUGGGUACGAACUUGGGAGCAGUGCCUCCGCUAAUCUCGGAGGCCACCAACAAGGCCUACGAGAGCCCGCCCGAGGCUUGCUCUUUGCGCUUUAACGAGCAGGGGCAGGUGGUGGAGUACACUGCGGGCUACGUCAUGGACCGCCGCCAGGGAAACACGGGAGGUCGGGGAGGACUGCUGGGACCACUCUAUGCCAUCGGCAAGGGGUUUCCCUUCCCCGAGGCCCAGCCCUACGAGUGGUCCUGGCAGCGGAAACUCUUCACCUGGCUUGGGGAGGCUUUGGCCGGAGAUGGUCCGAAAUGA